UGUUCAGCAGGUUAUAGUGGAAGUGCUUUAGCGGAUUCACUGGAUGGUUGUACAGAAAUGUCAACGAAUCAAUCGUCGUCCAUAUGCACGUGUAACAGGCAUUCAUCGAGCUGUGAUUCAGAUGGCAUAUGCCAGGAUUGUGAACAUAACACAACGGGUACAAAAUGUGAACAUUGCAAAUCGGGCUUCUAUGGGGAUGCCACUCAAGGUACCAAGGACGAUUGCAUUAAGUGUCCGUGCGGCGAGGGAGGAGAGUGUUUUGUGAACAGCGAUUCACUGUUGGAAUGUCGUGUUUGCAACAGCGAAACACCAAACAAAAUGUGUAAUACACGCAAAUGA